AUGUCCAUGUCAAACUAUUCAAAGACUAAGCAGAAAGUUCUUUCAAAGAGGAAACACCCAACAGAUACUUUCAAGUCCUCAUCAUCGCUCACACUGGAUGGAGAGCUACUCAAGGCGAAGUCCUGCUCCAAGAGCAGGAAGCCCUCUAACAACUUAGACAACUUUAAAGUCAGCCCUGCACCCCCCAGUCCUAUCCUAAGCGACUUCUCGCCUGCAGUCCCACCCAAGACUCUUGGUGACCCUUUGGUGUUCAGUCCUGUAGUCCGUAAGAAUGGCCAUCAACAGUCAGUCGCACUACCACGCGACCUUACAGAGUCUCCAAGGCUAAGCAGAAUUCCCUCUGGUGUGGUGAUGGUUGCCGACAUUGUCUUGAACCCAAAAACGCCUAUGCUGUCUUCGACUGCUACCUCGAUCCACAGCGCGUCCGAGAUGGAGUCCUCUUUCCUGGCACUUACAGCCUUGGACGAUUUGAAUCGACUCCCUCCUGUACCUGCCCGUCGUGAAGCAAAGCCCGUGCUAUCAAAUUCGGUCCUGGGGCUCCCGGCGGUCCGUAUCCCUGUCCCUUCUACGACUCCCGAGGAGUCCAUCCAAGAAGAGCCGGUCGGCUCGUCUCCCGGAUUUUGGGAUGUAUCGCCAGUGAUGAUACAUGCUCACACCGUCCCUCCUCCAAACAGAAUCUCACCAAAACUCAUUGAAACUGAGCGAUCAAACACCACACCUCGCACAGCACCGCUAAAGCCGCUCCCUCAACCGCCAUCAAGUCAACAGCCGACACCUUCAAUUACCACUGACUCCACGGCCUCGCCCACUUCUGACUCGCUAGCAUCGUCACCAACUUCUGCAAUGGAUAUCUCGGACAACUUUUUUGGCUCGAAAAAGCAUGAUUCUUCAUCACCUCAACAACAACGUCUGCCACAGCAACGUCGCUCUCAGCAGCAGCAGCAGCAAGUCCGGCAGCGAAGUGGGGACGUCUUUCAAACUGCCCGUCAUGAUCCUGCCUGGGCGUACGUUCCACCUUCUUCACCGCCGCCACCGCCAUCACAACGGCCAAAGGCCACACUGCCAACGCGUGUCCCUGCCAAGAGGAACGCUCCAAAGCCACCAAGCUCUUUCAUAACAGGUCCCGCAUCCUUACUGCAUCGACUCUUCAACGACCCACUCUACUCUGACGUGGACCUUUCUGUCCACGAAGUCACGUUCCAUGUCCACCGAGGUAUCCUAGCUGAACACUGUAGUUACUUCCGAGAGUUCUUCACAAGCGCGAGAGCUCAAGAACCCGCGACCGAGAUCCGUCACCUGGACUGCUCGUAUGCUCCUAUCACGUUUGAGCGCGGUAGACCCUUCUCGAUUUCUCAGCCUGACAGCGACGAUGCCGUUAUCCAACACCCAGCAAAUAAGGCUCGAGCUCGAGACCAAGCGAGGAGAGAUCGUUCAGCUCAAGACCCUAAAGGUGGCCGGGACGUGCUGGAGAGUGAGGAUGAUAAGGAUAGGCUUUGCUUUGCCGAUGUUGAGAACAGUUCCUCGACAAGUCAUGGCCAUGGUCUCAUCGGUCUCCCAAGAGCGAUGAGUCAGCAAAAGCAUCGGCACUCUACCAAUCCAACGUGUUCAAGAACUGUUCCGCCUCCUUCUGGUCCCAAGGUCGAUCCUGAAGGGACCCUGUGUCCAUCCACACCUAACUCAGCCUCAACUCCGACACCUACCACACCUGGCGACGAAACUAUGACGUCCUUCUCUGCUGCGUUUAUUACGGCCGACCAGCGAAGUGUAGGCUACACAUCUCACCACUUCGCGUGCUUCCUCCAGAUCCUCUACGGGCUCUUGCAUCCACUUCAUCUUCACAAGGACGACCUCCUGGCCGUGUUCCGUAUCGCCCACAUCUAUGGCGUCCCCGGGCUUUUGAGCCUCCUGGGUGACAGGAUCUGGGAUACCCUCGAAUUGACGACCGAGACGUGGCCGUGCCUCGUCCGGUUCUCAGAACGAUUCUGUCUGCAGGAUAUUAAGCGACGAGCGUUGAAACAUGCGAGCGAGACACGCGAGAUGUGGACGGUUGCUGUCGAGACCUUGGGGCUAGAUGACUUUAAGGUCUUCUUGCGAGGCAUUGAUCAGCCAGAGAGAGAAAAGGCACCCGUGGGUGGUGGUCAGGGGCAAGGGGGCGACUUACGGGGAUUGAAGGACGAGCUGUUGAUAUUGUUCCUGUUGGUCCACUACCAAGAGUCUUCUAGUUCCAAGGAGGCCGGUCCUAUUCUCCGCGAUGAAGAUGGCAACAGCCACACUGGGGCGUCGCUGAUGCGAAAGCUGUCAAAGGUUAAUCCACGAGAUUCGGCAAGAGUCAAGAUUCGACAACAGCAUCAGCAGCGACCCUUCACGCUAAGCCUUCAUCCCUCCAGUCUACCAUCUCGCGUCAACGGCAACUCCAAAAGUAACAACACCGGCAAGACAAUUAUUGGUACCAAUCAUCAACCUCUUUCUACCGACUCACUUGCACAGGAUCUUGUCUCCUUAUCAUCAUCAUUACCGUCCUCUCCCCAACGAUUGCCUGCACAAGCACAGACCACCAAGGCGGACAAGGCAAAGAUGUGGAUGACACGUUUCAAACGCGACUGUGGUUGGGAAAGACAAGUCUCACUCUUGGACUGA